CCUGGGCGCUGAGGUCUGAAAGGCGACCCCGGCGAGGACAAGCCCUACCCCCUUGGAGGAAAUGGCUGAGCGGCCCAAGCAGCAGCAGAUGAAAACUUCCUUCCUCUUCAUCCAGCUGCAGGCCGCCCCUGGCAGAACGCUCCCCGCCCUGUCUCCAGCAGCCGCAGCCUGGACCGCAGCCCCAGGGGGCCCGGAGGAGGGACACAUUCUCCCAAGUCCCAGGACCGGCGCCUUGGCAGGCCGGGACCUCAGGCGCACGCGGGGCUCGGCUGCUCCUCCCUCUGGGCUGCUGCAGAAGGAGGGCCGUGGGACAGAGCAGCCAGCUGCUUUCAGUUGCUCUGCUCGGAAGCAGGAGAAGGAGGGAGAGGAAAAGCCCCAGGAUCUGGACGUAAGGAGGGGUGGCCUUGGCGGAUCCCCCCGUUGCGGGCGUUCCCUGGCCCCUGCCGCCAGGAAACUUGGCGGGCCCCAGCCCCUGCCAUGCGGACUGCCUAGCCCAGAUGUCAUCAUGAGCGAUGGAAGCAGCGAUCCCUCUAUGGGCUGGGAGCCUUGGCCAGCCCUUCCUUGCCCCCAGGAACUGUGGGGCGCAGAGCCUCAGUCUUGGAACGCUCUGGGAUACUCAGUUCCACAGGCCGCCCUGGCCCACGCUGCUGGCAGAGGCGAGAGGGGCGAGCUGAGGCGAGGGACGGCCACCGGCCAGGUCCCCCCGAGGAGCUGUCAAGAGGACACGGGUACCACGGUGCCGGCAAGGAGGGCGAUGCUCUACCGAUACCGUCCGCCAAUCCAGACCAGCAAGAGCUACCCGGCCCCCCCUACCGCUCUGCCUCUCAAGGCAGAGACGUUUGUUUGGGUUAACAAUGCAUCAGCACAUUCCCAGAGUGUUGCCAAGGCCAAAUAUGAAUUUUUAUUUGGCAAAUCUGAAGAGAAAACUCCAGAUACUAGUGAUCAUGGAGGAAGCACGUUACUCCCACCGAACGUCACCAAUGAGUUUCCAGAAUAUGGGGCCAUGGAGGACGGUGGAGAAGGCCUAAGAACUUCUCUCGAGUUUGAUGCAGAGUCUCUGCCAUGCUGCCCGCAGGGGCAGCCGGGGGUCCAGCCUCAUGCCGGCCACCACCCUGGGCCCAACAGUAUUACAGAAGGACCAAAAGCUGUUGCGGAGCCCUCCUCUCAAAGUCACCUCAAGGAACAAAGUUUACAACCCAUAGACUCUUUGAUCUCAGCUCUGAAAGCUACAGAAGCCAGGAUAGCUUCUGGAACGUUACAGGCUACAAAGGUACUGGACAAAGAUGCCGUUUCUAGUCUCUCGGUUCAGCAGGUGGACAAAGAGCUGGACGCUGCCGGUCAUCAAACACAGACAGCCAACAACCUGUUCCCUGCCGGCCAGGAAAAACCACCAGAUAUACCUCUUUCAGUGGAAGUGACGACAGCCGAAGGUGUUCUUUUGCGCGCCCAGGAGGACCUGACGGCGCUGUUAAGUGGAGAAGCUCAGGGGGAGCUUUCCCGGGUAACUGCCAAUGGGAGGAAAGGGGGUCUCCGAGAGCAGGAGCCAGCUUGUCCUGGGUCCUCCCUGAGGGGCCCAGCAGCAGCCCACAGCUCUGCGGGCAGCACUGGCUUCCUGAGAGAGGGGAGGUCUGACCUGCAGAGAGAGCACGCAGGGGGAUGUGAUCGAGGCAGCUCCACGGGACGGCCUGGCCGGGUCAAACACGUGGAAUUUGAAGAGGUGGAAAUAUUGUGGACAGGAGGGAAGAAAAGAGAGACCCGGCAGCCUGCGGAUUUUGUGACAUCCUUGGAAAGGACUACCUCUCCCGAAAAUAAGGGGUUUUCCAAAGUGCCAAGCCACCUCAUCUCUUCUGCUGGUUUGUGUAAUUCCGUUGGUCUCACUGAGCGUGCUGGGGGCGACACCUGGAGAGGUGCCUCAGAGAGGCCUGCCACCAGCUCGGGGACAUUUCCCUCCGCACCUCUUAUUGAGAGUGGAGAGGAUGAAGUCUUCCUGAAGGAAAACAAAGACCAUCUUGAGGAGAAGCCUGAACUGGAGAGAGACAAAGACAGGCUUCUUGACCACGAGGAGCACUUUGCGGGAGGAGAGGAUGACAUCCUUGGGCCCGGGUACACGGAGGACUCCACGGAUGUGUACAGUUCCCAGUUUGAAACCAUCUUGGACAACACUUCCUUAUAUUACAGUGCUGAGUCCCUGGAGACAUUAUACUCGGAGCCCGAUAGCUACUUCAGCUUCGAGAUGCCCCUCACCCCCAUGAUACAGCAGCGCAUUAAGGAAGGCGGCCAGUUCCUGGAGAGGACGUCGGUGGGGGGACAGCAAGACAUCCUGAGCGUCUCCGCAGACGGCAGGAUCGUGAUGGGCCCUUCCAGCGAGAUCACCAACGGGCUCAGCGGCGCUGGGGAAUCCAUCUACACGAAGGGCGCCCCGGAGAUUGCCUUCUGGGGAAGUUCUCGCAGCCAUGCUGGGGUGAAAACAGCACUGCUGGAUGCUCAUGCUGAAAUGGGGAACACUGAAAUUCUGGAAAAGGAGCCCUCAGAAAGUCUCAGUAAUGGUACUAGCAGCAAUGUAGAAGCAGCCAAGAGGUUGGCCAAACGCCUUUAUCAACUAGACAGAUUCAAAAGGUCGGAUGUCGCAAAGCACCUAGGCAAGAACAAUGAAUUUAGCAAACUAGUUGCAGAAGAAUAUCUGAAGUUUUUUGAUUUUACAGGAAUGACGCUGGAUCAGUCUCUCAGGUAUUUCUUUAAAGCAUUUUCUCUUGUGGGAGAAACUCAAGAACGAGAGAGAGUUUUAAUACACUUCUCCAAUAGAUAUUUUUAUUGUAAUCCGGAUACCAUUUCUUCACAAGACGGUGUUCAUUGUCUCACCUGUGCGAUGAUGCUUCUUAACACAGAUCUUCAUGGCCAUAAUAUUGGAAAGAAGAUGUCUUGCCAAGAGUUCAUUGCAAACCUCCAAGGGGUCAAUGAGGAUGGUGAUUUCUCCAAGGAUCUACUGAAAGCUCUCUACAACUCCAUCAAGAAUGAGAAGCUUGAAUGGGCGGUAGAUGAUGAAGAGAAAAAAAAGUCUUCAUCGGAAGGUACUGAGGAGAAGGCUAAUGGAACACACCCAAAGACCAUCAGUCGUGUCGGGAGCACUACCAACCCAUUCUUGGACAUUCCUCACGACCCAAAUGCCGCUGUGUACAAAAGUGGGUUCUUGGCUCGGAAAAUUCAUGCGGAUAUGGAUGGAAAGAAGACUCCAAGAGGAAAGCGGGGAUGGAAAACCUUUUAUGCUGUACUAAAGGGAACAAUUCUUUACCUGCAAAAGGAUGAGUAUAAACCGGAAAAGUCUCUGUCCGAAGAGGACUUGAAAAACGCAGUGAGUGUGCACCACGCGCUGGCGUCCAAGGCCACGGACUACGAGAAGAAGCCCAAUGUGUUCAAACUGAAGACUGCCGACUGGCGGGUCUUGCUCUUUCAAGCCCAGAGCCCGGAUGAAAUGCAAGGCUGGAUAAACAAAAUUAACUGUGUCGCAGCUGUGUUCUCCGCACCACCGUUCCCCGCAGCCAUUGGGUCUCAGAAGAAGUUCAGCCGCCCACUUCUGCCUGCCACUAUAACCAAGCUGUCUCAGGAGGAACAGCUGAAGUCACAUGAGAGCAAGCUGAAGCAGAUUACCACCGAGCUGGCCGAGCACCGCUCGUACCCCCCGGACAAGAAGGUGAAGGCCAAGGAGAUAGAUGAGUACAAGCUGAAAGAUCACUACCUGGAGUUUGAGCAAACCCGGUACGAAACAUACAUCGGCAUUCUGAAAGAGGGAGGCAAGAAGCUCCUGGGCAGCAACGGCAGUGAGGCCCCAGGACUGAAGAAGUCGCAUUCCAGCCCCUCGCUGAACCCAGAUUCCUCUCCGGUCACAGCCAAGGUCAAGCGCAAUGUGUCAGAGCGGAAAGACCACCGACCCGAAACACCCAGCAUUAAGCAAAAAGUCACUUAGAAUCCAUCUGCGGCCAGGAAGGGGCUGGUCAUGGAGCAAAAUAAGAGUUUUUUCAAGAUCUUUCUGGUAAAUCCGUGAAUAUAUUUAAAAAAAACAACAACAACAAUAGUCUGUGACUAAAUGGUGCAUUAGUAACCUUUUCUAUUGUAUAUUUUUGUUCGUUUCUGUACAGGUUGUCCCUUUGCUCUUGAUUUCUUUGCUUUGACGAUUUUUGCCACUUGAUAACUAAUGCACCUUGUUGUGAGGGGAAGGGGGUCAUGAUUUCAGGUUGAACUGUGUAUCAUUUCUCCUCUGGUUUUCUCUCGUUUGCACUCUCUCAGUUGUUUUAUGUAUUCUCGAACCAACUGUUACACUUUUUUUUUUUUUUAAGGUGAAAAAAAUUGAACCCAUUGUGAACCACUUUACUGGACAAACUUAGUUUAGUCAGUUCCAGCCAGACUUAACAUAAACCUUCAUAUGUGAAUUCUUGCCAGUCACACAGGUGGCAUCGAGCACUCACCGAACUUGGCUUCAGAAUUCCAGUUCGGGAAUCCGGUGCCCAUGCUGAUGCAGCUGUGCGGGCACCUCAGCACUUGUCUUUGGGGUCUGACCCUGCCGGAAGCAGGGAGAGGGGUAUGGAGAUCGCAGGACUGGAGAACUUACAAAGCUGGAGUGUUGAAUCCAUUCCAGCCAAGCAAGGGAAGAGGAGGUGGGACCUGUUUGCUACUGAAGGUUGAGGAGAGAUGACACCAGGUUCAUUUUGUUCUCUGAAGAAGCAUGACCAUGAUCACUUCGGGAGCGGCAGCAGGAGGCACGUGUGCACGCUGCAGGAACUGUUACCUUGCUCCCACGAGGUCUAGACCAGGAAUCCAGAACCAUCUCUGUUGUCAUCACUCUGUCAUCCAGGAGUUUAAACGUGUGUAGGCAGCUGUUGUGUCCUGGUUGUAAGAACAUCGGGGUCUUAAGCAAAACAAGUCAGAGAGGAACUGGGAGCUGCAGGUUUCCAGCAUCGGAAUCCUGAGUCUUUAAAGUCAGCCUGAGAGGAAUACAUAGUCUGAAUGGACUGUGGUUGGAAAAGUGAGGAAUCUGCCGGUUGCAUAUACCGAGUAAUUUAGUUUAUUCUUAUCUUAGUCUCUUUGAUGGUCACUUCCCUUUGCUCCUCCUGAACUUUCUCCUAAGAAUAGACUUUAUUUCAAAUCCUUUCUGUCUACUCAAAAUAGUUCUAUUGACCUUGAAGUCAUAAGCUUGUUUCUGUGACGGGCCCUGUGGAAUUCAGGGCGAUAAAAAGAACAUUCUCUUGUAUAGGAACAGAUUGGAGUGAAAAUUGAGUUAGAACUUUCUGAUUUUGAAACUUUGUGAUUCUUAAAGCUGUCAUCUCCACAAUUUCGGAACUGGAGGCGUCACUUUGAAUGCUCUUUUUCCCUCCCACAGAAAAUUGCUCCAGUUCUACUCAGUGUAUUAGUUAACGGUACUGUGACCAAAGAAUCGGAGACUCCGCAUGCGUAGGAUGGCUCCAGGGAGUCAGAGAAAGCCUGCUCUUACACCGUGGCCGUUUCUAGUGGCAUUUAAUCAUAGGAUUAUUUAUUCACAUCUACUUCCUGCCUAUAUAUAUGUUCGUAGUUGAUGGUGCCCAGGAAAGAGUGACCCCUCGCUAAGGUUAUUGCAGCUUGUUUUGUGGUAAGUACUUUGCCACACCUUCGGAAAACUCACUCUAACCUUCUAUCUUGUGUAGAUAAAGGCAGUGACAAUUUAUGUUUCAGAACCAAGAAACAAAUAGGACAGUUACCAAGAUGGCUCAUAGACCUGAUUCAUUUCUGUAGCUUCUGACUGAGUUCAAGAUUCCCACAAGGAAAUCAUCUUUCUUCCUAGAAUCUGAACGAUCGGCCUGCUUGCUUUCUGCCUAGUUCUUUAUCCUGAGCCGAGGCGAGACGGGUACCUAGAUGACAUUGUCUCUGAGCUUUGAUAACUAAAGAAAGAAAGAAAAAAAAUUCCCUGGCUGGCUUGAUGUGUCUGCCCACAGUGUGCGUGAGUCUGUGUGCAUAGUGUCCCUGUGUGUUCGUUCCACUUGUCCUAUUUAAUAAACAGAACGGUACCUUGCCGCUGAGCCUGGGGUUCAGAACAGUUCUGCUAACAGAAUCCUGGUUAGCACAGCAGGGCGUUGCUCCUGUUGUGUGAGUCACUGAUGUGUCUCCAGGGGCUUCUGCACAUGCUGACAGCAGUGGGAUGAGAAGGCACUUCUGAGGCUGCGGUGUGCUGUCUUUGCAUAGUGUACCUUUAAAAACAACCGCAAGGCUAUUCGGUGAGCCAGGGGCAGCCUGCCCUGCCAUGAUGUUGUCCAUCUUUAGGGGAUGAGCCACGAACACCUCCCUGUGGCCUCUCAGGUGUCAGUCUGUUGGCAGUGCUCGUAGCAGGCCAGGAGUUUAUCCUGUAGGAGGAAGCGGGCCCCGGUUGGACGAGAUUGUGAGAACCGUGACCAUAGCCAACCACGUUUUCUUUUGCAAUAAUUUCUUUCCUAUGGCAUCUAGUCAGAAGAAAUCAAAGACAUUCCUUUCUCCGCUAACCCAAGCCCACUGCCUAAUGCACGGUACAGGGGAACUCUCCUCCCCCUCUCCUUCCGACGGUACGCCCCCUCCCCCGCCCGCUCUUCCCUCCCAUGUGACAGCAUGGAGCCGAGUCCCUCUCCACGUGGUAAACCGUUAUUCCUCUUUACACACAUGCACUUCCUAUUGAUUUUCAGCCUAGAAAACCUUGAUAGUCAUCAAAAGACUCUGUGGCCAUGCCGCUGCACCCUUGAGCCUAGCAGUGGCCCGUGGGUUAAAUCUCUGCGAGUUUCAGGGCUGGUUCCUGCCUCGCGUGCUGACUGUUACAGGGAGGUGCCAGGAAUUGCCUGUUAGCAAUCACGACUGAGUUACUUGCAGGCAGAGGCCUUGUUUUAUUGCCAGGCCAUAGAUACUAUGUGAAGUGCACUUUUUAAAAAAGCAUCCUAUCAUUAACUCUUAGCAAUGCCUAGGUAAGCCGAGCAAUACUUGUGCGCAGUUUAACUCAUCUCAUUAAGACCAACGUGUGGGAGAUUCCCCCGGUGCAACUGGAGUUCCCGGGCAGAGAGCGGCCGCCCCAGGCCCUCCGUGCUUCUCCGAGGCGGGCACUGUUCCUGGUGAAAAGUGGUGUGCGGGGAUUCAUUCUGGGAGAGGAAGGUUGGCUGGCUGCCGGGGCUUCGCCGGGCUUGGUCUCUUGGGUUUGUAUUUCACCUGUGGCCACACCGCAGGACUCCUGAGGCUGGAGGGGAGCUGAGACCAGCAGCAGGGAAGGAGGUCCUUGGCGGCCGAAGCACAGAGUUACGGGGUUCCCUGCUGGCCCUCGCCCGCUGCUCCUCUGUCGUGAGAGGAGCCCGGGAGGUGUGCUUAGGCGAAGCGGGGCCUUCUGUGGCAGGCGCCACCUCUCCUCUGCCUUCAUCCCACGUCAGACAACUGGGAGAAAACGGGCCUUACAGAAGUCUCCCCAUUGUCAUAUGAUGAAGACUUCCUUGGAUUUGGUUAGUUGUUCUGCAAUUUGAAUUCCGUUGGCAUUUUUCCUUGCAGUCAAUUGAGCUUUUUAAGCCUGAAUUCAUAGGGAGUUAACUGGCAGAUCUCCGUUGUGUGUCUCUGGUGACCCUGCCCAGUGUCCAGUGGGUGGUAGUCACCUUCCUUCAUCUCAGCAGCGAGCAGUCCCUUCGCUCUUCCAGUGGCAGAAUUGUUCCCAGGUGUAAGUCGGAGCCACGGUGGCAUCCUAGGGCUUGUGAAAGUAGAGUCUGGUGUGAGGAAGAGUGUGAUUCGGGGUUUUAGUAGCAUCUACGUCACUGCGACAGGAAGAUCAGCCCCCUCUGCAGGCAGAGGCGCCUUCGGGCCGACCUUGCCCCAGAACUCUCCGGCUGUCCCUCCUCCCAGCAGGCCACCAUCCGCCUCCCCACCAGCCUCUGGCAUCUCGCCAUCCAGUCAUCCCGAGGACCUUAGAGAUCAGUCGUUCACCACAAAAUGCUCCCAGCAGGUGAGAGAGAGGUGCUCGGUCACUGCCUCUCCUCUCGGCUACCCUGUCCAUGCCUCCCUCCUACCGGAGGGCCGGAGUCCACAGUCAUUGCCAUUCUCAUUUUGCACCUAGAGUAUCAAACGCAAGCGGGCAGCCUGCUGCAAGGACGGUGCAUGCGGGGAGAAUGUCUUCAUAGGGAGAAUGUCGGUAAUACUUGAAUCUGCAUGGCAGCUUGUUGACUUGAAUGCAACAGCAAGAAAAUAUUGCAAGUUAUGUAAUUGUAUAUACCAUAGGUUUCCUUCCGUCUCUUUGGCUCGCCCUGUGUGAUGUGUAUGUGUGUAUCUGUACUAUUGCAGGCUUUUGGAACAUAUCCAUGUAGAUAGUAUGUCAGGCAUCGAAGAAAAUGCUUUCCUGUCACCUGCCAAUGUUGUGUUUGCGGGUAUUUAUGGCUGUAUGUAUGUAUGUAUAUGUUAUUCAUGUGUAGAUGUAUAUCAGUAUAUGGUGUAUGUACAUCCAAUUUAUUUUUGUCCUUAAUAACCAGUGCGAUAUGAAAAGCAAGUAAAAACCUCAUAGGAUUGAGUAUUUAAUUCUAUUAUUGAGAACAUAUAUAGUGGUACUGUUUUAUUCAACUUAAAGUCAAAUGAUAUUUUGAUUAAAUUUUUGAAAUAAUAAGAUUUUAUGCUAGAAAAUUUCAUCUUUGAGCUUUGAAUCACCAGGGCAAAAAAAAAAAAAAAAAAAAAGACUCAGAACUAACUUUGUGAAACUGUUUCAAUGUCCUGUGUUCACUACCGAGGGGGGUCGCUCAUCAUAAUUUGAGAUUACAGAAAGGGGCGAA